GUUUGGCACAGAGAGUCACUUCAGGCUCUAGGCUUGGUUCCUGAGCUCCCUUAUUUAACCUGCUGCUGGAUUUGUGAGUAUUAUCUUUGUGGUGUAACUUUUAUUUCCUAUCCCUCCCACCCUUGUUGUAGCUGCUUGUUUUUGUACUUAACAGAGAUGUUUAUUGAAAACAUAUGUUUAGCUGAAGGGAAAAAAACUGUAUAAGGGGGUGCUGGUCAGGCUGGCACUGGUUUUGAAGGCUCUUCGUUCCUCUAAGAAAGCUGGUAACCUUCCUAACUAGUUGUUAUGACCUCAGGUAACUUCCUAAACCCUUUAAACAGACUUCAAUCCCAUAAAAUGAAUGUAAACUCAUUAAUACCCAGGAGUUACCCAAACAAACUGUCCUGGUAAACCACAUAUCAAAUUGUAUUGUUAUACUGACAACAAUGUAAAGCUCUAAAAUGAUCUCUAACCCUGAUCUCAGUCCUUAACACAGCAGGACUUCUAAGAUCCUACAUCUUUCACUCUGCAGGGAUUGUUUCUAGUCUCUGAUAACGGAUGAACAGACUAUUUUAUUAAGCUAGAUGCUCACCAAGUACUAAUGAGUCAUUGAUUUGUUUAAGUGGCCCCUGCAAUACAUGACCAGUGUGUACUGGAGGGCUUUACAGGGAAGUGUCUCCCAAUAAAAUAGGUAAGGAAGCUCUGGCUGGUGAAUUGUGAUUAAAUUUUAAAGAUCAGCUGGGACACUCUUAGAGAAACAUUUUCUCCAAUGCCUUGUCCUUGUAUUUAUCUUGUUUUAUUGUUUUGCUUUUGUCCUUUAUGCUGAGGUUUGUUUGAGCUGUUUCUGGGUUAUAUUAAAAAAUGGGUCACAGUUGUUUAUUCCCCAUGACCAGUAUUUCAGCAGGAGGUUUUCUGCUUUUGGGGGGGAAAUUUUACUUCCUGCAGACUAGUUCUAGAUUGUAACAAAUAGUCUGGAUACUUCUCUUUCUAAUGGACUGGUUGGUUGGUCCCUGCUUCCUCUCCCAGGAGGAUGAUCAUUCCUUGUCUCCGUGUGCAGGAGACUCUUCCCACUGGCCCUAAACACCUGGAAGUGUAGAUACUGCUGGGGAGAGGAGAGGGAUUCUAAAAACAUACCUGUUUUCUCCCAGAAAAUUCUUGGGGGAUAGGAAGAAGAUUGCCUUUAAACUGAGACUCAACCCAUGGCUUUGUUUAAUAGAGAAAGUUAUGUGUAUUGAACAUAAUUGUGCAAAAUUACACAUAGAACAGCCUUGCUUUUGGAUGGUUGGUUUUAGGGAAGACCUUACUGUGGAGUACUUAGAACAGGGCUGUCUGUUGAAAUGGGGAAUUUCAAAUAUGUAGUUCCAGCAGUGCUCCCAGCUGUUGUGCUCUGAAACCCUGAGAUCUUCUUAGCUUUUUGCUUGCUGACAGCUAAACUGGCAUUCACUGCCUGUGUUAUAUUGUAUUUUCAAUUACAUGUUUUCCUGGAGAAUGCUGAUAAAAUUAACUACUCACUUUUGUGGAGUUAAAAAGACAAACCACGUGCACAAAACCCCAGAAAUCAUAUUCAUGCUCAAGUUUUAUAGAGUUAAUCUGAAAUCUUUAAAUGGAGUGCUGAGACAAAAGCAGGGGUGUUAGCAUCUGGUAGAUUCAAGAAUUCAGCUGAGGCUCUCAAUGCCAGUGAAUUUUGAUUUUUAUCACCUGCUUUGAGCUUCAUUUUCCACUAUACUGACUGGUGCUUUCAUUUUCUUGGUCAAUAUGAAUAACUGACAGCUGCUGCUUGGAUGUUUUUGUUUGCUUGAGGAUUUGGGAACAAGUUAAACUGUAUUUAUUGUGCCUUACAAAGCAUAUCCUUGGAACAGGAGGAUUGAUGGUGACAUUUGUAUGUCUUGCUUACCCUUUGUUGGGACUGUUUGAUCUGGUCUUGGGAUUUUGUUCCUCAUUUUGUUGUACCCAAGCCUGGGUCAUAUUGGGCAUCCCAAUAUAACAGGAGCUUUUGUUACUGGUUUUCCAUCUUUAAAAGGAAAAAAAAAGCCUUUCUACCACACAGAAACAAAAGCUGCAAUAGUUGUUGCGAUGGCUGCUGAUCGAGUUUGGAAGUUGAUGGGAAUUUGGGAUCACUGGGGUGGGGAAGGAGAGAUGAAAGGCCUAAUCCAGUUGUGUGCUGAACCCUUUAAUGUGUGAGGACAAUCUGAGUGUGCUCAUGAGUCACUGUGGGACACACUGGCCCUCUUGUCUGGGGGUCUGUGUCUCCUGGCUGUACCUCACAGGAUGUUGGAUACACAAAUCCCUAUCUUAAACACAGGACACUUCACCCAGGAGAGGAUUUAACAGCUUGUCCUUGUUUCCAGUAACACAACUCAGUGUCACCCCGUGUGGCCAGUUUUUUUAUCACUAAAUAGUGAUUGCAAGGAGACGUUAAGAUGUUUCAAACAACUGCAUAAUGAUAAAACCAUUUCCCAUGGAAUAAGUCCCAAAAGAGAACUCUGCUCUUACUUUCAUUUUAAAAUAUUAAGAAAUGCAGCAUAUUUUUCAUGCAUACAGGAAGUAAAUUUUACCUUUUGAGUCAGGUAAUAGAAACUGUAGCCAGUCCAGAACAUGCUCUCUUUUCUCCCCAUUCCUUCAAAGAAGAUUGUAUUUCUAACAAAUAUUUUACUGUUUAAUUAAAAUCUACAGCAGAAAAUAUCUUAGUUUUCAAGGAUCUCAUAAUAGCUGGACAGAUAAUCAUUAGAAAUAAUUUCAAAAUGCACAGCCUUUGGGAGUCUCAGAAGUGAUGAAUGUGCAAAGUUAAUUAGGAUUCAGCAAAUAUCCUCAGGGUUGGGAUUAUUCAACUCCCUUUGGUCACCCAAAGAUCAACACAGGUAUCUUUGUCCCUCUCUUCUUUUACAGCGCUGUGCCCCAUCAUUGCUCUGUUCUCUUCAUCUCCUUUUAGUAGUUUUAGCCCUGGGAGCACAGAAGGUCCCAGCUCCAAGUGUUGAGCUGCAGCUCUGCCCUGACUCCAGCCCUCACCUGAACUCUUGGGGUUGCCCUUGGAACCCUCAGAUCCCUGAACAAACCCUGGCCUACAGUAGGGCCUAAGGGUCCCCUCCCUGCUCCUUCUUUAGCUAGUUCCACCAAAAACCAACCCAAAGCAACUGGUUGUCACUUCCAAGGUCCUCUGGAAUAGGAGAGUUAAUUUUAAGCUCUCCCAGUCAGUAAUUCCACCAUCCCAGCUUCCCUUCCCUGAUGGGACUGAGCUGUUGUUACCUCUGGGUGUCAGAAGCUGAGCCAAAGGCCAGCCCUGCAUUCAGAACUCACAAACAGUGAUUUCUGGAUGGUAUUAAUGAGACGGAAGGAGGGGCAGGCAAGUGGCAAUUUAGAAAGAACUAUGUCAUAAAAUACUCAUUAGUUCUGGAUGGGAAUUGAUGACUGACUUCCAGUUUCUAAUUACUUAAAACUGGUUUUUAACAAAAAGAGCCUCAAAAUAUUCAGUGUUCUUCUGUAAGGACUGAAUUCCUCAGCUGCAUCAAGAAACCCCUCUGAGAUGAGUUUCCUUAACCAGGGAGUUGGGCAAUUCCAGUUCCUCCUCUGGAGUACUCUUGUCUUGAUUGCCAUGUCCUCAUUUGCCUUUUGGUGUCUUUGCUGUUAAAAUCAGGACUUUUUUGUAUCAUAGAAUCCCGGAAUGGUUUGGGUUGGCAGGGACCUUGAAGCUCAUCUCAUUCCACCCCUGCCAUGGGCAGGGACACCUUCCACUAGACCAAGUUGUUCCAACCUGGCCUUGAACACUUCAAGGGAUGGGACAGCCACAACCUAUAGCAGCAUAUAAAUCAGCUCUACAAAACAAGAUGUAUUGGCAAAUCAUUCUGACCAUUCUUGUGCUGUUGGACUUCCUUCGAAUGGCAGUUGCCCAUUGUAUGGUCCAUCCAGUUCCUCCCAGGAACUUUACAUUACCCUGUGUGCUGCUGAAUGAGACAGCUUUGAGCCCUUUCUCUGCCGGAGUUGAGAGUUGGUUUGGUUUGAGGAGAGACCAUCGUAGGACAUCUGAAAUCAAACCUCUAAUGAAUGAAGAAAGUUUUCUGUGUUGCCUUUGGAGUGACAACAACAUUGAUUGUUUUUUGUACAGAGCAAGCCUGCAGGCAAGGAAGUUUAUUCCUUCAGAAAUAAAUAUCUCUGCUUCUCAAGAAAUAGGUUCAAACUGGAACAUGGAAUGUUGGAUUAAAGGCAAGCUGGACCUGUUAGUUUGUAACCUGUGGGUUUUGAGAUUGUACUUGAGAGAGGACUUGAAGGUUAAUCUUUUUUAUGCUGGCUCAGAGCUGUCCCUGGGAAAUGUGUCCACGAGCUCUCUCCAGGGGACCGUGAGGAUUGCUCAGUGUGAGUGCACUGAGGAUGACACAUGUGAGUGUCUUGUGCCCUCUCUGAGGCUCAACCACACCUACAUCAUGUGGCUGAAGGUGCUGGUUGGUGUGACACCUCUGUGGUCACCUUUGAUGUCAGUCAAGCCCGUUGACAUAGUAAAGCCUGAACCUCCUUUGAACCUGCAUCUGGAAAUGACAGAGGGAGGUCAGUUGAAGAUGUGCUGGUCUGAGCCUGCACUGCUGCCAUACCCUCUGCAGUACCAAGUGAGGAUCUCUGCAAAGCCAGGGCACAGCACUUGGCAGAUGGUUCAAGUUGCUCUGGAAGCCUCAUUGGCCAUUGACAAUACCCUACUUGAUUCCUCUUACUUGGUUCAAGUGAGGUGCAGGAAUCACCAGGGGCUGGGGUUCUGGAGUGACUGGAGCACACCAUAUGAUCUCAGUUUGGGAGCUGAAGUCCUGUACUUCCCUCCUCAGAUCCUGACCAGUGCUGGUUCUAAUGUUUCAUUUCACUGCAUCUAUAAAAACAAAAGCAAGAUUGUAGAGCCCCAGGAGGUUGUUUGGUGGCUGAAUUUAGCAGAAGAAAUCCCAGCCAGUCUUUAUACCCUUGUGAGCGAUCGCGUAAGCAAAGUUACUCUUUUCAACUUGAAAGCAACCAAACCUAGAGGAAGUUUCUUCUAUGACACAUUGUACUGUUGUCACCAAAGUAGGGAAUGUCAUCCUAGAUACGCUGAAUUAUAUGUAGUAGAUAUGAAUAUUAAUAUCACCUGUGAAACAGAUGGAUACUUGACUAAAAUGACUUGCAGUUGGUCUGCAAACCCAAACAUGUUACUACUCCCUGGGAGUUCCUUGCAGUUAAGAUACUACAGGAGCCAGAUUUAUUGUUCUGAGUUUCCAAGCCCAUCUCCAGAAUCAGAGGUGAAAGAAUGCCAUUUGCAGAAGAAUCAUUCCUACGAGUGCACAUUUCAGCCUAUUUUCCUUUUAUCUGGAUAUACUCUGUGGAUAGAGUUCAAGCACUUCCUAGGAACACUUGAAUCCUCCCCAGCCUGUGUCAUUCCAGCAGACGUGGUGAAACCGCUUCCCCCUUCCAAUAUCAGAGCAGAACUCACCAGGAAUGUGGGGCUGCUGAACGUGAGCUGGACAAACCCUGUGUUUACAAACAGUGAUCUGAAAUUCCAGAUCCGGUACGCAGUGAACAGGGAAGAGAUUCCAUGGGAGCUCUGUGAAGUCUCAAACACCCCAAACAGCUCAGCUGUGAUAGAAGUUGAGCAGCUCUGUGUGGAGUACGUUGUCCAGGUGCGGUGCAGGGAGCUGGAUGGAUCCGGGUACUGGAGCGACUGGAGCAGACCAGCCCAAACACUUGUACAGGACAUCAGAGCUCCCUUGCAAGGCCCUGAAUUUUGGAGAAUCGUUACCGAAGAUCCAGCAAGGAGGCAGAAGAACGUUACGCUCGUGUGGAAGCCACUGAUGAAGAACCACUCGUUGUGCAGCGUGAGCCGAUACAUCAUAAAGCACCAGACACCAGGGAACACCUCCUGGGUGGAAUAUGUUGAUCAUGGCACCACCUGGUCUUUUCCAUGGACUGAGCACACUCACACCAUCACAGUUUUAGCCAUGAAUUCUAUUGGAGUUUCUUCAGUUAAUUUUAAUUUAACUCUUUCACAGCAAAUGAGCACAGUGGAUGCCGUGCGGUCACUGAGCGCUUACCCCGUGAACAGCACCUGUGUCAUUGUGGUCUGGACUCUCUCACCCCAAAUCUAUAUGAUAACAUCCUUUGUUAUUGAGUGGAAGAACCUUAACAAAGAAGAGGAGACAAAAUGGGUGCGAGUUCCUCCAAAUAUGAGUAAAUAUUACAUUUAUGAUUACUUUAUUCUGAUUGAGAAGUACCAGUUCAGCCUGUACCCUGUGUUUGCUGGAGGAGUUGGCAGAGCCAGAGCAACGGAUCAGUUUAGCAAAGGUGGAUUUGAAAAUGAGAAUAAUGGCAGCCUCUCCGUGGUUCUGCCAAUAGUUAUUUCAACCUCUGUUUUGUUGCUGGGAGUGUUGCUGGUUUCACACCAAAGAAUGAAGAAGCUGCUUUGGGAGGAUGUUCCAAACCCCAAGAAUUGCUCGUGGGCACAAGGAGUUAAUUUUCAGCAGCCUGAAACUUUUGAGCAUCUUUUUACCAAGCACCCUGAAGCCACCUCAUUUGAACCUCUCCUAGAUGCAGACAUAGUGCUGGAAGACAUCAGUGUCGCCAAAGCCUCGGAAAAAGAAGACACACAAGAUUUUUUAGGAAUUGCUUCCACAUUUCCAAACCCCCAAGACUCUGAACGUGACUCUGCUUGCUCGACCAGCCACUUCAACAGCAGCAGCUCCUCCCAGAGCUCCCAGGAGGUGCAGGGCAGUGGAGGAAUUGACCUCAAAUAUGCGACUGUUGUCGGCAACUCCCGAUCCGAUGGGCUUUGCGAGUGGAAAAUGAAUCCAAGGAGUUGUUUUGAUCGAUGCUUCUUAGCAGAAGAUUCCACGGUUUCAGGUGCCUUCUCCAGUAGCACUUGGGAGGUGGGAAGUGGAGUGUUUCUGGUGUUCCCUGGCUCACCGGGCAGGCAGCCCAGCAAGACCCUGUCCCUUAUCUCUUCAGAGGGAUUUUCAGAGCCUUCCGACCACGACGAUGCUUUCACGGACAGUCUUGAGCGGAGCCUGUGUUACCUUGGGAUAACACCAUUGGAAAAAAGAGAAAACGGUGUUUUUCUAACAGAAAGUUCUGAGAUGCUGUGUCAGUUCCAUACAGGGAAUCUGCUCACAGACACAGGAGUUCUUCAGCACACACCGACGGAUGUCCAUGGGUUUAUCCAAAGUAGCCUCAAGCCCAAAGCCAUGGUGCCAUAUGUGCCACAGUUUGGGAUGGCUGCUGCCAAGGGAAAGGAGGCCACAGAGAAAAACUCUGCUGUCAUCACACCAUAAUUUGAGACUACUAGUGGUUUUUUUAGGUGUUGAUGCAUUCCCCUGUUUUUCCCUCUCCUGACUUCCUCCGGGAGCUCUCCUAUCUUGGAGCUGGGUUCUAUAUUUAAGUGCCAGGAUUUAAGUAGUAAAAAAUUCCAUUCCUUGACCUAAUUUUCAAAAUGUGAGGCCUUCCUUUAGAGAUCUGAUUGUCCAGGUUACCUCAGGUACCAUAUUACCUAUUGCUGGUGCCUGUUAGAGGUGUUACGUCUGACAACUCCAGUGAAGAAUUGGACUUGAAAUCAGAUUGGGUGCUGUAGACAUUGAGGUGAGAGACUUUGGGAGAUUCCCAAACACUCCUCGAGGGCUCAGAAGGAUUCAACACCAUCCAC